AUGGUAAAUUUAAAUCGAAAUGGUUGCUAUGCUGACUACGACCCGGUAACACACAAAGUGACGCAUUAUGAGGUCGUGUUCCUUGACCCCCACGUCAUGACCAUUCGACGCGUUCCUGCAAAAUUUAUUCAAAAGUACGUCUCCGGAGAGCUUAUCAGUGAUGAUCUUCAGAAAAGUAAAUACUGGCGAAAAAUACAGGAUGCAAUGGAAGAAGCGGAAAUAGCUUUGAAACUUCCAAUUCAAAUAAGAUUGGAGACAUUUGGAUAUGAACAUCCAAAAAAUGUCCAGAGUUCCAACAAAGCUAGUCACUCACAAAGGCGAGAACCUAUGGUGGAAAAUCAACAACAAAAGGUACUAACAUACAAAGUUACUCGACGGGGCCGCCCAAGGAAAAGAAAAGAAAUUGAAGGCGAUUCGUCUUCGGGAUUGUGCGCUAAUAAUAUGACAUCGUUUUUAGCUGAAGGGCCACUAAUCAGGGAGACGGCAGUAUCUGAAGAACCUACAAUGAUGAAGGCUUUCUCAGAUGAAGUAUUAAAAUCCGCAAAUGAAGAAUCACCGUCUUUCCUUAAUCCUCCAUUAGUCGAGCUGGUUGCAAGCAAUCAAAAGGUACCUGACCUGGACAAUAUUUGUUAUGCUGAAUUCUCAAAUCUCCUUCCUUCAGACGAAUCGGCAUCUAUAUCCUCGGAUUCACGGUGCUUUAGCGUUAGUUUGUCGCAAGAAACUGUUAUCAAGGAACGAUCAAAUGCGGCUUCCUUGCCGACUUCCAGUUUGGAUAGAACAAACGUCGAAGAUACUAUUUCUUCUGUCAUUGUGGCUUUGAGCCAAUCACAAGAAUCUGUUCCGGGAAACCCCAACCAAUCGAAUUAUGCAGAAAGUCCCUAUAGGGUUACAAAACGUUUAAGUGGAACCUUCCCUGAAGCCUCAGAUUUUUAUACUGAUAUGCCUGAGAUUAAUUCUCGUCAGAUUAGUGGUUCUACCUUAAUGAAUGAUGAUAAUUUUGAUAUAACAACUCUUAAUAAGAGUGAAGAUGAAUCUUCAACAGAUCUCCCACAAGAAACUGCUGAAAAGGUUUCUCAAAAACUCCAAAAUUCAGCUUCUUACUCAAUGCUCAACUUUCUAGAGCAAUCAAUAAUGUCUCGUUUGAAUGAAAGAAGUUAUUUAAUUGAGAAAGUCAGUGACAUUUUAACCAACCUACCCCUUGAUCUGCAGUUUAAGCCAGCAGGAGCUAAAUAA